AUGGGCGAGCCCAACUCCAGAGAGCUGCUCGGUGGCGUCGAAUUCGACGAGCACGUACACCUGCGCGCAUUGAGCCGCUCGCCACACCCCUACCACCGAGGCCACAACGAGAUUCCCAGCGACUACGACCGCCUGGCGCCGCCGACCAAGGCAGGCGGCUCUUCAAAGACGAUGCGACACGGACAGUUGUCGCCCAUACGACCGUCUGCAUUCUCCAAAGACUCGACCCCCGUCAGUGAUAGCGGCACCGAGGCGGAUGACGAGCAUUUCCUGCGUGGCUUGCCGGCGCCCAAGGUGAAGCUGCACAAGGGGCUGCGGGGCCGCAACGAGGUGCUGUCCGGCACAGCGACCCCCGUCUCGCCGUCCAUCAUAGAAGAGGAGCAGGAACCCUUAUUGAGCAAAGAAUCUGUAUUCAAAGCAGCUCCCUCGGGGAAUAUAAUACUAAGCCCGCUGCGGCGAUAUCGCAAUGUCGUGCGCCGCCUCACGGAGGGGGGCAUCAUAGCGCUCCUUGGCGCAUUCGUCACCACCAAUUCGCACGUGGCACCUAUAUACCAGAAAUGGAACAAAGACUUCAAGCUCUUUCUCGGCCUUGCCACCACAGUCGCAGCCGUCUACCCUCUUCGAGUCCUAUUAUGGUCCUAUCGGAAGCGAAGCCCCUCGCGAUGGCUGCCACUCACGAUACCGGCCAAUUUCGACCCUGCACCCCUAUUAUACCCGCCAGCUAUUACAAUACUGGUCUCUCUUCUAAUUUCUGUCGAUAAUGUGGCCGUGCUUCUGCCGAAUUUGAUUCUCAGCAUCAGCGCUUUGCCGCAACAACUAUUCCCGAAGCUCGAGCACGCCGCGUCUUACGACACUCUGCAAUGGGCAGCGACAUGUCUUCCGCUGCUGUGGGGGAAUGAUUCCGACAGGCAUCUUUAUCAAGACUCUGCCAAUCUACCCCUGUCGGCGGAGGCUAUUGUCCUGCUCUAUCCCUUGCACAGAACUCUGUGCCUUGUCUUGCAUUGCUUGACCACCACCAGUCUGCUGACAGCCGAGCUGCAGCUGCUCUCCAUUGCUCUCAUCGAUGUACUUAUCCUAGGCAGGUCGCCGCAAAUGCAAAUCAUCAAGGCCCUUCUCUGGGGCGGCGGCCUCGGCGUUCUUUUCCUCUGCGGCGCGGUCAUACGAUGGGGCAUCGCGCUGGCCAGAGUUCCCAAGUGGCGCUUCCGCAGACUGCCAAGCGGCCAGAAAUCGCCCAUCUGGAAGUCACUGCUACGGUUGCUCUCGCUGCGAAGACUACGGGCUGAGCUGCGCGGCUUGCAGCCUGAAGAUCCCGCCUAUUCGACCGCAUACUCAUCCGAAGACGAGGCAGAGAGCGGCCCGACCUUUCGCGCACCUUCCAGGGUUCGCACGCUAGGCCCCAUGUCGGCGUGGCCCGGUGCUGAACCUGGCGCUGCCACAGGUACUACCAACUCCGACGAGGAUGUCAUCGAGGGCAUCUCGAGGCGACACACAUUGCCCACCCCGGACAAGCCAGCGCGUCGUGCCAGCGGGCAUACGCCAUCUGGUCGGCGCAAACGUGCCACAUCGCUCUCUGUGCGGCCGUUUCUCAAACUGACCUACGAACAAGCCAUCGUUCGGAAAUGGGCAUACGCGGCCUACGUGUAUGCCUGCAUCAUCCUGCUCAUCUUAGUCGGUGUCCGUACCUACGUCGCGCGCUACGCACUGUCGAGCCAAGAACCCAUCGGCUGGGCCCUCGGCUACCUCUUUGGCGACGUGCCCUGGUUCCGCCUGCAAGUCGUGACAGCGAACCUAGAGCGAUGGAUCUGCCUGCCCCCAAACCACACCAACACGCCCGACGCGGCUGUGGCAGGUCUAGGCUGGGUCGAGACCCUGCGCCUGCAGCACUUUGGCGCUGCCACGACACGUCUUCUUCUCAGCGGCUACUGGCUUGUCAUCCUCCUCGCCGGCCUGCUCGUCGUGUUCCAGCUCAAAGACACGUACGAGGUCGACACGCGCCGCAAGGUCUUCCACUUUAUGAUGGUGGGCAUGUUCCUGCCCGCGCUGUACGUGGACCCCACGUACGCUGCGCUGGCCCUCGGCCUGAUCCUCGCCGUCUUCCUAAUCCUCGACCUGCUCCGCGCCAGCCAGCUGCCGCCGCUGUCGAAGCCCAUUGCCGCGUUCCUGGCGCCGUACGUCGACGGCCGCGACUUUCGCGGCCCCGUCGUCAUCUCCCACAUCUUCCUGCUCAUCGGCUGCGCCAUCCCCCUCUGGCUGGCCUUGGCCACGGUUGGCCGCGCUGGCGAGGGCUACGCCAAGGGUUGGGAGGCGCCCUCACGCGACGCUAGCAUGGUGGCGGGCGUCAUCUGCGUCGGCCUCGGGGACGCCGCGGCCAGCCUGAUCGGCCGCCGCUACGGACACCGCAAGUGGCUCUGGGGCGGCGGCAAGAGCCUUGAGGGCAGCGUCGCGUUUGCGGUGGCCGUCUUUGCGGGCCUGAGCUUCGCGAGCGCCUGGUUGAGGGUCGGUGGCUGGCCGACGGCGGAUGAGCCGUUGGCGGUUUUGGCGGCGGCUAGGAACGCGGGUGUCUGCGCGUCGUUGGCGAGUGUCACGGAGGCGGUCCUGACGGGCGGCAACGACAAUGUCAUUGUGCCUGUUGUUCUGUGGACCUGUGUCAAGAGUCUGGGCGUGUAA